GUAUAUUUUUGAGGUUAAGUUAGUUUAUUUUUAUUGAGUUUAAAAUGUAUUUUACUUAUACAAAUUCAAUUUGGAGGAACUUGAAAAAUUUUAUACAUGAAAAUUCCGUGAUAAGAAGAAAAUUUUCUUCAGAAGUGAAACAGGAAGUUAAGUUUGAUAAUUUCAUAGAAUUUAGAAGAGCGCAAGCAUCGCGAAGUAUACUUGUUCAAGUACAAUCUGAAAAUUCCUAUGUGGAUCUAUGCAACUAUUGCAGCAAAUUUGGAGACAUAAUUGGAGCUCACCACUAUGAACUCAAAGACAAUUCGAAUUACAUAUUGAUUGAAUAUAAAACACUUGAAUCAAUUAAAGAAGUAUUAGAUUCCGCACAUUACAAUUUGGAAUCCACGGGAAUACCUGCAUAUUCACCGUUGUUGUGGUUCAAGGCAGCCGGAGUUGUAAAAGGCAAUUCUGUGAAACUUUUAAAUGACUCAAACAAAAAGGGAAUCCUAAAAAUUAGCAAUGGUCUUUACCAAACUAGAGAAGCAGAUGUUAUGGAACUAAUACUUUCAGCUGAAAAUGUCUCUGAUCAAAUAAAAACAUUACAUGAAUUAACCAAACUGAAUGAUUUAGAGAUACGACUACGCUUUUUGGCAGCCAAACAAAUUGAAAAUUCAAUAUCAGGGAUAUUCCCAAAAGCUUCAGCCCUUCCUUUUGGAUCUUCAGUUAAUGGAUUUGGAAAAAUGGGAUGUGACCUAGAUUUAGUCUUGCGUUUCAAUCAAGGCAUUGUAAAAGAUAAUAUCAAUUCCAGACUCGUUUUUCAUACAAAAGAAAAUUUAACUAAUGAGAGAUCCCAAGUUCAAAAACAAAUGGAAUGUAUUAGCGAUAUUUUGCAAAUAUUUUUACCUGGAAUAACAAGUGUACGAAGAAUACUACAAGCAAGAGUGCCUAUAAUAAAAUUCCAUCACUUGCUGUUAAACUUAGAUGUAGACCUCACAAUGAGCAAUAUGUCAGGUGUUUACAUGUCUGAGCUCUUGUAUAUCCUUGGUGAAAUAGAUCAUCGGAUUCGCUCUUUAAUUUUUGUAAUAAGAAAGUGGGCACAAAGUGUUGGAUUAACAAACCCUUCACCAGGCCGUUGGAUAACAAAUUUCUCAUUAUCUUGCCUAGCAAUUUUUUUCUUACAAAACGUGAAGCAUCCUUUGCUGCCCCCAAUCGAUUUGCUAAACAAAUCUGCAACAAUUAAUGACAUUCGUAUAACUGAAAAUGGACUUAAUUGUACAUUCUUAAGAGAUCACAGUAUUCUGGAUUUUAGAACUGAAAACAAUAGCGAAUUAAGUGAGUUAUUGCUACAAUUUUUCGAGUUUUUUUCCCAAUUUGAUUUUAGUAAUAAAGCUAUAUCAAUGAACAAAGGAUCUGCGAUUAUAAAACCAGACCACUCAUCAAUUUACAUAGUCAAUCCUUUAGAACCAAAUUUAAAUAUAUCAAAAAAUAUUAGCCUAGAAGAAUGUGAAAGGUUUCGAAUCGAAGUUAGAAAUGCGGCAUGGAUAUUAGAUAAUGAGAUUGAAAACGCAAAAUCGAAUUCCAAAAGUACUACAAAACUUUGGGGAAUCGCUAAUUUAUUCAAAACUAGCCAAGAAACGGUUAUUAAACCGAAUUUCUUUUUCAAACCCCGAAUGGUUGAAAUAAAGAAUUUAUUUGAUGACAAAGACGAAGAAAAAGUUAUUAGUGAUGAAAAUGAUCAUUUAAAUAUAAAAGAAAGUGUAAAAACGUUAGAAACAAAUUUAACUAAAAAAUUUAAAAUUAACAAAACCAGUGAUAGGUAAUAGUUAGGAAGUUAUGUAAAACAUUAUAGCGUAAUAUUUAAAAAAACCAAAAACUGUAAAUUACAAAGUUUAUGCUAAAGAAAUAAAUGAUUUUCCAAUUUUUAUUCAAAU